AUGGCGGAGCAGCUUCAAUCGACCCCAGCCACGGAUAUCCCCCCAGGCCCACAUUCAUCUCGAGUCGCUCCUAUACAAAAGCUUAUUCAACAAUGGACACCUCUUCCGCCUUCGACUAAGUCACCAGAAGAGGAGUUCCAAGAAAAGUAUAAGGAAGCACAGGCACGCUUCCAUACAGCCACUGCCUUGACUCGGGACCAUUCAGACGACCCAGCCUCGUACACAGCCAAGGUGGAUGAUGUCGUAUCCUGCGGAAUCCGCCUGAACGAACUAGUCGCAGAGCAUAGAGCACACAAGGAUGAUAAAGAGCGUAAAUAUCAGCAAUUAUUCUUGAAUCAGCAGAUUGCUCUUACGAUGGGACUCCUCGACACAUUCGGUCCCAAACUCGGUAAAGCGGUGUGUCAACAGUGGGAAACACAUGCCAAGCGACUUUCGAAUAACCCUACCCAGUCGAAUAAUAUCGCUAGCUCAGCAGCUGAGGUGAUGACAGACUCACAUUUACUUCCCAAUACAUGCCACGUCUCGCAACCUCCGAACCCGCAGAACGCUGCAAAUGAAACAGCUCCUGUCCUUCCAGUGGCCGAAUGCUCUGGAGUUCAAGAAGCACACACAAUUGACCAGUCUUCGGAACAGGCUCCGCGACCAUCGCAGGCCCAGCAAAAGAGGCCCGCGAGCCCUCCACGCGAUACACCAUCCAACCCAGCCAAGCGAUGCCGGCCAAACAUACCUCAGCCUCCCAUAUCCCUUACCGACGAUCGAUCGAUCCACUUCAACGAUGUGUACCAAGACGGCAACGCUGGAACAAAAUACAUCAUCGCCCCACACAAGGGUGAUUGGUAUAUCCUCGAGUGCAAGAAGCACAAGCUGCACUUCAAGACCACCAAUCCCAUCAAAGGUGCUCGAAAACAUUUGACAUCAGGGGCACAUGGUCACUUACGGCCUAAUUACGACCAGACACUUAGUAUGCUCGGCACGCGGGUUACAGGCUGUACCAAGGAGCUGGCUGAUCUCAAUAACGACGUUACUCAAAGGCCUUCGUACGAAGAUGUGGGUAGACCUUCAAGCGUUCUUUCCACUGAGUCCACGCGCUCUAGCCGCGAGUACCCUCGAAUGAGAAGCACCCAGGUCAUCCCUGGUCUGGACCCAAAGCCAGGCGAGAUUUAUACCGCCUUCUGGCCACAGACGAAGGAAUUCUACGCGAUCCUCGUCCUGCCGUGGGGCAGCUUCCGCCAGUUUGGCUGGGAAAUGACACUCAAGAGCUGCUCUGGCAUUCUAGACAGGGACAGGGAUAUUCCGAGCUGCUACAAGUACAAUCGUGAUACAGAGAGUGUCGAGUGGGCUGAGAACUUCAAGCCUGGGGGGCGCUCGCAUCAUAAGCGGAAAUAUCCGGUCCUGUAUUUUGACGCGGCCGAUGUUCCGGGGAAGUGUCUCGUUGGCUGGGUUGGUGUCAACGAGUUUCGGUACUACGAUCCUCUUGACACAGAAAUCCCUUUCAAAGAUCAAGUCGAUGACUUUAUCCGACGGAUGGAUGAGCGUGACCUGUCGGGAGACGUCGAAAUGGGUGCGCAGGCUAUUGGCCUAUCUUCAGGCAGUGCUUCGGAUGAACAACAGAACACUGGCGAUCAGCCACGCUUGGGAGCGUCUAUGCGUACAGCUAUCUAUAUCUCGGACGGCGAUGACAGCGACGAUGACGAGGUGGAGACCGAAGCUAGACCGCUGUCCCCGGUGCAGCAACAACCGAGCGAGCCACGAGUAAAGACCGAGCCGAUGAACGAAGAAGCUCCGACACAACUCUCCGAUGCAGCUGCAGCGCAAAUAACUACCGACUCGGUCGGCUCAGCUAAUCAGUGGAAUGGCCUUGAUCGUUCAUUGACUGUUCCAAACAGUGGCUCGCGUGUUGAUACCAACAACACACAUAACGCUGCGGUACCAAACGCCCCCGCGGUUGACGAUUCGAUUACUUCUCCCUCUCAUGCACCUAUGAGACCCGUUGCGCAGAUGUGCAAUGAUCUCCCAGCCCCAUGCGGAACCGUGCCCCCACCGCGAGAGCACCAAAAUGCUCCAGUCGAGGCCACCGGGCCUCACGCCCCAGAAGCCGUAAUGGCUCCCGGAGAUCCCCUAGCAAAUGGACCAGCUCCAUUCGCACGCAUGAGAAACCAUGCUGCACCCAAAAACUCUUCUCCGUUGGACCUGUAUCGCUAUCUAUCUUCUGGACUCCCCGCAAACACGAUUGCAGAUGCCACGGAGAAUGAUGGUUUGGUAUGGAUGACGCAGCGGACCGUAGCGGAAGAGCAUGGGUUACGUAUUUAUGAAACGCCUGUGAGACAGAGCUCUUGGCGGUAG